AUGGGAUCGCAGACGCGUCACGAGGAUGAUGAUCCGAAAACUAAGGCCUACCGUCUUAUCGGAUACGCCGCUGUCACUUUCUCAGCAGUCUCUGUUCUCUGCUUCUGUGUUACUAUGCCAGUUGUGUUCACCUAUGUGCAAUCCGUAAAACGUCAAAUGUCUCAUGAAAUGGCGACAUGUAAUGUGAAUGCCCGUCAGAUCUUUGAUGACGUGGCAGCACUUCGAGCUGGAUUCCCAUUCGCAUCUUCUGGAAACCGUACCGCUCGUCAAGCUGGAUACGAUACUCAUCCAAGCAAACCAACUGGAAACUACGGAGGAGAUGCUGAGGUUAAGGGAUCUAGCCCAGGAGCUGCUUAUGAGGAUAAGCCAUUUGUGGCUGUUGGAGUUGAAGAUGGACCACACACCGCUACCGUAACCGCUGACAGCGAAGGAACCUGCCACAGUUGCUGCCUUCCAGGUCCACCAGGACCACCAGGACCACCAGGUCGUCCAGGACCAAACGGAAAGGCUGGAGCUAACGGACUCAACGGAAAUCCAGGACGUCCACCAGAGGCUCCAUGCGAGCCAGUGACUCCACCACCAUGCCCACCAUGCCCAGCUGGACCAAAAGGACCAAACGGACCCGCCGGAUACCCAGGAGCCGAUGGACAACCAGGAGUUCAAGGAGACAACGGAGAGAAGGGACCUGAUGGAGGUCCAGGAGAAAAAGGACGUUGCGGAUCGCCAGGAAAGGUCGGAGAGCCAGGAGCCACUGGAGAGAAAGGAGAGAAUGCUGAGAACAACGAGCCAACUCCAGGACCACGUGGGCCACCAGGAGCCGCUGGACCACAAGGACCACGUGGAACUCCAGGACAUCCAGGAGAGGAUGGAGAGCCAGGAGCACCAGGAGCACCAGGAGAGAACGGAACAGACGGAGAGAACGGAGAGGAUGGAGUUCCAGGUGUUCCAGGACACGAUGGAAAGCAAGGAAGAGCCGGAGAACGUGGAAUUUGUCCAAAGUAUUGCGCAAAGGACGGUGGAAUCUUCUUCGAGGAUGGAACUCGUCGUUAA